AUGGGCAGAACCGAGGGUGUUACGCUCCCGCCCCUCCGCGACCGUCAGCAUCUUACUGCCUUCCCGCUGGGUGACCAGCCGCUCCACGAACUUGAGGAGCACAACCGUGAACGGCUUCGGUCGCCACAGCUUAGCGACCUCGUGGAGCUAUCCUUUGACGGCGGAGACAUCUCUAGACGAUCUUCCUCGACAUCGCUAUCGCCAACGGUGCCUUCGCCGGUUCUCGACUCGCUCGGCCAUAUAACGCACCACCAGACUGCCCAGCGGAGACUGUACAUGGUUACCGACCACCUCUAUUCACCAUACCCAUCCCCCGCCUCCAGCCCCACCUAUUCUCCCGAACCCAGCCCUGGAAGAACGGGGACUAAGCGACUACGGGCUGCCAGGGGCGUGAGCUCCACUCAACGCAACGGACAAGGGGAAGAAAAUAGGGAACCAAACCCGAAAGCUGAUCGGGAAGCCAACAGCCGUUACCAUCAAGCGGUCAUCAUCGCCGAGAUACAGAACGGGCUCCUGGCUCACAAUCCGAACCUGCCGCAGCAAGCAUCCUCAAAGCAUGAAGGACGCAAACCAGGUUGGCGCCUCCUCACCCGCCACAAUAUCAGUAAAAGCGUAGAGAACCCUCUUACCUGGAACAAGAGCCAAGUUCUCCAUUCGGGAUCUGUUGCGAUUAGUCAAUUUCUUCAAACCGCGCAAGCCGCCAUCGAGAGGCUCAAGCAUCAUGACGACGAGUACGCCGCGAUGCUUGAAGAGUCUCUAGCACUCGUGGCUUGUGACGGCUGGUCUCUGCCUCCACUUCCACUUCUACCUCCACCGCCAACUGGACGACCACGUUCCUCGCUUUGA